UUAUUUCCAGAUAGUUUUCAAAAUCUUCUAAACCUUCAUAUAAGUCGACAUAUAGUAGAUAAUGCACGCCAAUAUGUUACAUACACUAAUACAGCAGUUGGUACAAAAGAAAUGGUGCAUAGAAUUUUCAAGUUAAUUGUACCACAUACAAACAAAAAAAAUCUUGAACUUAACUUGUUGAAACAAGUUAAUACUUUACAAACAUUAAGAUACUUAGCUGAUAGAGGAAUAGAUGACCGUUGGUGUAUUGAUAAUCAUAACUUGUCAAUAUAUAUAUUACAAGAACUUGAUCAAG